UGGCUGCCGGGAGCAGGUGAUCACAUCAUAUACAUUGCUACAGUUACACGACUCGUGCCUGUGCACAGUGCUGGAGCUGGUGACCACUCUGGAGCCCCCCCCCCCCCCCAUAGGAACUGCCAUAGAGAAGAGCCUGGACAGUGGAGGGAUUUGCCCACGUGUCUGUCCUAAUGUAGUUUCUGUUUAGCCUCUGACCUUACUAUGGUAACCGUCCUGCAGCUGAGGCGUACUGUAUAAAUCCGCCACCUGGGGAGCAUUGACCCACCGUGCAUGUGGCAGCAGAGUCUGCAGAUUGGAAAUCGUGAGGUCUUCUUGUGUUAACGCCCUGAACAUAUGUUUCCAACAAAAAUAUUUUGCUGGUGAAUGUGAAACAUCCCGGGAAUCAUCCAUGACUGAGCCGCCCAGUGCUUUCCAAAAAUCCAUUUGUGUUCUACGUGGGUCAGAUCCUUGUAAUCGGAACCUGUGGGACUAUGGAGACCACUUGUAAUGGGACGUACAGGAAGGAAGCCCUAUAAUGUCCUGGUCUGUUUAUUCAAGGAUUCAUUCAGAACACAGUGCUAAACUGCAAGCAAGCAAGAUGUUGGAAGAGGACAUGGAGGUGGCCAUUAAGGUGGUGGUGGUUGGCAAUGGUGCCGUUGGUAAAUCAAGUAUGAUUCAGAGGUACUGCAAAGGAAUAUUUACCAAGGAUUAUAAGAAAACCAUCGGCGUGGACUUCCUGGAAAGACAAAUUCAGAUAAAUGAUGAAGAUGUUCGGCUCAUGUUAUGGGACACCGCUGGUCAAGAGGAGUUUGAUGCAAUAACUAAAGCCUAUUACAGGGGUGCCCAAGCCUGUGUGCUGGUAUUUUCUACAACGGAUAGGGAUUCAUUUGAAGCGGUGCCCAGCUGGAGAGAGAAGGUGAUGGCUGAAGUUGGAGAUAUUCCUACUGUUCUUGUUCAAAAUAAAAUUGACCUGCUGGAUGACACAGUUAUUAAGAAUGAAGAAGCCGAGGCCCUGGCAAAAAGGUUAAAACUGCGAUUUUACAGAACGUCUGUCAAGGAAGAUCUGAAUGUUACUGAAGUUUUUAAAUAUUUGGCUGACAAGUAUUUACAAAGGCUAAAACAGCAGAACGCUGAAGACACCGAAAUUUUGCAUACUAGCAGCAACAAAAUUGGGGUAUUUAACACUGCAGGCGGUAGUCACUCUGGUCAGAAAUCCAGUGCUAUCAAUGGGGGAGAAGUUAUCAACCUAAGGCCCAAUAAACAGAGGACCAAGAAAAGCAAAAGUCCUUUUAGCAGUUGCAUGUUACUCUAAGACUGUAUGGUACAGAUCCGAAAAAGGAGAACUUCAAGUCUGGGACUACAGUGCAAUUGACCAGAGGAAUACAGCCAAUUCCAGAGACAACUGUCACUUCUACCUGAAUUUGAUACCAUCAAGAGGAGCGCAGUGUGGGUUAGGCCACCUAGUGUUGGCCAGGGAAAUUGCAUGUUAUGGUGUACCAACUGAACAAAUGCUGCCCACAUACAGUUCUAUGAAACCUCCACAUUUGUAGUAUUUAUUGGAGAUUAUAUAUUUAACCUAACUAAUUGUAUGGAUGCUUUUUUGCAGCAUCUGUUGGAUACCAAGUCACACACUACAUGGUACUUGUGCAAUAUUCAUCUAGCUCACCAAUCAUUGCCUGAUGUCUGUUAGAAGGUGCAUAUACAGGACGUUUAUAUCCCCGUGAAAUGACAUGUAUGAAAAAAAGGAUCCUCUAUUCAGUUUACAUAGAAAUACUAAUGUGUUUUAAAGAUGUUCAGUCAUAUCUAUGUUUUGGGACCUCACAGGUUGACGUGCAUUGUGCCAAACUGCUUUGUCGCUAUUAAGUGCUUGAAAAUGUAUUUUUUUAAAGUUCAUCUCAACGGCUCUAGCCAUCCAGCACACUGUAGGACGCCCAGUUUCAUAUGGCCUUCUGCCACAUACAUAGGCCUCCUGCUGUCUAUUGAGAGGCCUGUUAAUAGGAAACAUUUUUGAAAGCCUUUCCAUUUUGGACCUUCUAUCUAGAUUUUACAAAUGUGUUAUUUUCUACACCUUAGGAUACAGGGAGGAUUGGAGUCUGGAGAAUGAGGCCUUCAUUCAUUCCGGGAUAUGUCUUAUUUUUCUUUUCACAAUUGUCUUCACCUUAUAUUAUACCUUAAAAAAAUAUUAAAUCCUACCUUAUCAUGAUUUAGAUUAACAAACAUUCCAGAUAAAUGGACAGAUGUGCAGUGAAGAAUAUAAAAGGGAAGACAAGCUACCCAGACCGGUCUUUUUGUCACCAGUUUGUCUUCCUCACUGGACUAGCAAGUUUCAGACGAUUGUGCUAAAACUUUUCCAAUAAGGAGGCAGACUAUUGGAAUGCCUAAUAGAUUUCCUGCUUGAUUAGGGGAGCUUUAUAGCUGGAUAUUGCUGUUGGAGAUUCCAGAAGCUUGGUUGGAUUUUACUCUUUUCACUUGCCUUUUAUUGCUUAUUUCUAUAAAAAUCCUUCCAUUGCAAUCAAUGCCUUUGUGUGACGACGUGUAGUGUUCGGUUUCUUAUUUGUUUGUCUGGGGCUGCGUCUGAUUAAUUAGAAUAAUGUAUAGGUAGUCAAACAAGCAGGACAUAUACUUUCAAAGCAUUCAUGUGCAGUAAUCUUCAGUAUUUCAUUUUGAUCUAUCUGUUUCUGUGGUUUACCACGGAUAUCUCAACCAGAUAUAAAACUAUAACUCCCAGCAUUUAAAUUGUAGCCUUCGAUUGCCACGUCAUGCUGCAGGCCUCAGCUGUUCAGCAAUAGCGCCAGCAGCUGGUAGCCCCUUUAACGUUGUAGUGGACUGAGCUUGUCACUGCAGCGCAGCUCUCAUUGGGAUCAGUGGGAUCAGCACUGUACAGACAAGCUCCAUCCACUACAAAGUAGACUGAACUGUCUGCUUCCCAUCUGGAGCUGCUGAACGGCCGAUCGGCGAGGUGUUGGACACCCACUGAUCAAUGAGUGAUGGCCGAUCCUGAUAGGCAGUCACUCAACUUUUUUAAAAUUCCAUUAAUUAAAGGGGUUAUCAAAUCAUUUAUUAUUUAUCUACAAGAUUGGUGAGAAAUAUGUGGCCUCUGGGGGUCCAACUGCUGGGACCCCUACUGAUUAGGAGAACAAGAGUCCACAGAUAACCUGUGUGAAUAAAGCAAUGGUGUAUAUCUAUAACCAUUCACUUCUGUGGGAUUUGCAGCAAUAGAGCAGUCAGAUUCCAGACUUAUCUCUGGCUGUGAGGCAACUGGCUGCGGCAGUAGCCCUCCUCCACUGUUCAGUCUGCAUUAGGAUUCUAGACACACUUAGCACCGCCCCUUGAUAAUUCCAGAUAAAAAUAUAAGAAGUCAGAGUGAACCUAAUCCUUGGUUCUCUACUAGAUUUCGAUAACACUAUGGGGGAGAUUUAUCAAACUGGUGUAAAGUAGAACUGGCUUAGUUGUCCAUAGCAACCAGUCCAAUACCACCUUUUAUUUUUCACAGCUCCUUUGGAAAAUGAAAAGUGAAAUUUGAUUGGUUGCUAUGGGCAGCUAAGCCAGUUCUACUUUACACCAGUUUGAUAAAUCUCCCCCCUAUUUGUUUCAGGAACUGGAGAAAAUCCUGCAGACUGACAAACACUAUGGGCAUAUUUAUCUCCUUUUAACUUUUCUAGGUGUAGUGUCCUUUUACUAAUAACGCUCAGAAGUUCUCCAUGUUAAAAAGUGGAAGGUUUAUAAAAGAACCCAGAAUAAAUAUUAUGUAUGUUGAACAACUGUGUGCAGUAUAUUUAUACCAAAGUACACACAUCCUAGCCUUUACAAUACAGCCACUG